AUGGCAGGAAGUUUCGCACCCUUACUUUGGGAUGAGAUAGGAGAGAGGCGACUAGCUGGGCCAGAACUGGUGCUUAAGGCUACAAGUGCUAUAGAAAUAAUAAGAAAGGAUAUUCUCAUAGCUCAGAGUAGACAACAAAGUUAUGCCAAUGCCAAAAGGUGGGACAUCGAGUUCGAGGUGGGAGACAAAGUCUUCUUGAAAGUCUUGCCAACAAAAGGUGUUAAGAGGUUUGGGAAAAGAGGGAAGCUAAGUUCCAGAUAUGUAGGACCAUUUGAGAUUCUCGAGAGAAUGGGACCAGUUGCUUAUCGCUUAGCCCUACCUCCCACGUUGGCUAGUACCCACAAUGUGUUUCAUGUCUCCAUGCUCAGAAAGUAUGUGUCCGAUCAGUCCCAUGUGCUUAGUAACGAACCGCUAGAGCUACAACCAGACUUAAGUUAUGAAGUUAAACCAGUAAAGAUACUGGAACGGGGAAUCAAAGAGUUGAUAACUAAAAGGAUACCCCUAGUUAAAUUCCUUUGGAGCAAUAGCGCAGUUGAAGAAGCUACUUGGGAGCUGGAGGAUGACAUGCGCGAGAAGUAUCCUGAGAUGUUUGAGUAA